AAGGUAGACCCAGAAGGCCGGCCAACUGCAAGUGCCCAUCCAGCGAGGUUCAGCCCAGAAGACAAGUAUUCCCGGCAGCGCAUCGUCAUCAAGAGAAGAUUCGGACUUUUGUUGACGCAACAACCAGCAGUUCGUUACUAGGAACAGGGUGGAAAUAUAAUGAUUUAUAA